AUGGCAUGCCAUACCAGACAUGGCAGGCACAGGUGGCUUCUGGCUUUCAUUUGUAUCCUGAGCUGUGCCACUUUGAGACUGUCUGCUUUUGCAGGGUACAGGUCUCAGAAUGACCGGCGCAGAGCACCAAAGCGUGUCGGGCGUUUGGUCACUCCUGUCAGUCCUGCAGUGGAGGCCUGGUUGCUCCAGCAGAAGAAGGAUCAAGAGUACGAGGAACUGCUCCGUGGAGGCUUUUCAAAGGAGCGGAUGUUCCGGUUCUUCAGCUGGCGUCCUCACUUGAUUCUGCGGCGUUUCUUCGAGAUAGGCGGGGUUCUCUGGCCGACAUGGCAAACCUGGACAGACCCGAACGGUCAAAAUCGAGGAGAGCACUUGAAGAGCAGCUUACAAAAGCUCGGCCCCGUCUUUGUAAAGGUCGGUCAGACGCUCGCGCAGCGCCCUGACAUCGUGGGGGAGGAGGCAGCCGAAGUUUUGAAGACCUUGCAGUCCAAGAGCGCGCCCUUCGCCGAUGAGAUAGCGCAUCGCAUCGUGCUGGAAGACUUGGGCCACACUGGCCCUCUGGCCCCAGACGUCUGUCCUGAGGGCCUAGGGCUGAAUGCUUCAGCGAACUGCACUCCCCUGUUUCGGGCCUUCUCAAGCAAGCCGGUUGCAGCUGCUAGCCUAGGCCAGGUUUACAAGGCGACCACUCGGGAAGGAAAGGAUAUCGCCGUGAAGGUCAUGCGGCCAGGCGUAGCUCGCCUGGUGGCAUGUGACUGGGUUUGCUGGUUCUUAGGCUUGAAGAUUCAGAGGCUCGUCACUGGAUCUUUCAAUGACUUUGCCAAGCUCGCGGAUGGAGUUGCUUCUGGCGUAUUUCUCGAGCUAGACUACCACAACGAAGGGCGAAAUAUGGAAGACUUCGUGCGUGAGCACAUGUGGUUAGGAUUCGUCACUGCGCCUGCAUGGGUGCGGGAAUACACCGGUCCCCUGGGAGAUGCUCGUGUACUUAGCACCGAGUGGGCAGAUGGCUUAGACUUCCAGGACCUGCCUGAAAGGUUAAGGCACAGAGCGGUUCAGCUGGCCGCGGAGGCAUGCCUGGUGCAAUUGAUGAUUACUGGUUUUGUGCACGCAGACCCCCACGAAGGGAACUUGAAGUAUAUGGACGACGGAAGAAUUUGUUUUUUGGACUUCGGAUUGAUGGACAGGGUGGACUCCAAAGUCAUGGAAGGCUUUGCUGAAGGAAUCCGUAGUGUUGUCGCCCGGAACUGGACCCAGCUGGCACAGGCCAUGCAAGUCAUUGAGUUUGUGCCCAAUCCUGUCCGGAAGAAUUUGAGACCGAACAGCACGCGGCCCUUGUGGGUAGAGAGCACAUUCGAUGAAUUUGUGGCCGCACUUGCUGAAGAGGUUGGAGACGACAGUGAUGCGCAGAGUCGUUUCGGCGAUAUGGCAGCUGCACUGAAACGAUUGUCAAACCGGUUCCUUAUGCUGACUCCAGACUAUGUGGUGCUGAUGACACGCACUUUCGUGACAUUGGAGGGAAUUGCAGCACAAUACGACCCGGAUUUCAACAUCUAUACGACAGCGCUGCCCAUCACUUUGCGCCGUAUCGUUUCGCCAAGCACGGCGGCCUCUCGCAAAGCGUUCCGGAAUAAUGUGCUGACCGAAAACGGAGAGCUGAAGUGGAAUGAGCUGGAAGGGCUGCUGAAGACGCCAGAAAAAGGUGUUGAAGCAGAACAUGAAGAUGCGAAGAUGAGUUUGUUGGAUGAGAACGACGAACCUUACGCCUCUGAAAGUGGCUUCAAGCCUUUAGAGGGCCUACUGGGCUCCAGUGAGGGCCGCAGCCUGCGACGACUCGCCUACGACGUGGACAUCAAGGCAUUGUUCGCUUACCUGGCCUCCAACCAGGGACGCUCAUUGCGAAAACAAGCAGCAUCCUGGCUCGCGAAACAGCUGGACAUCCGCCGCGUUUGGCCGCUCGGGAGAUCCGCGAGGAGCAUCGCAAAAGAGCCGCCUGCCGGCUCCAAAGAGUUUGAGAAGCUCCAAAGGCAGCGGGCCCAGCGUGAAAGGCGUGCGCUGCACUUCAUCUUGCGGAGCCAGUGGAAGCGCCUGCGCUAUCGGGCACUCCCCUCCCUUGCGCUUGUAAUCAUGGUCUUCCUCCUCCGCGUCUCUGGGACGGUGCUGCUCCUCAUGCUGCGGCGGAUGGCUCGCCGACUGCGGUCUGCCGUCCUCUGGCUCGUGAAAUGCCCGCUCGUGGUGUCCAGGCCUUGUCGAGUCUUCUGGAUUCCAGGCCGCAUCGAGGUGGUUGGAAAGCACACCGACUAUGCUGGUGGGCGGUCUCUGCUUUGCGCUAUCAAUCGUGGUUUCUGUGUAUUGGCGACCGACCGUCAAGAUUCCGUGCUCCGGGCCGUGAGUCUCCAGUUCAAGGCCGGCGACAAGGAUGGCAUCGUUGAGGUGCCCUUGACAACGAGCCUCGAGGUACGCCAGAACCAUUGGUCUCUUUACAUCACGACUGCAGCGCGGCGGCUUUCGCAGAAUUUCGGCCAGAAGCAGCAACUUCUGGGUUGUGAUGUUGCCAUCGCCUGCGACUUGCCUCCUGCUUCAGGCAUGAGCACCUCAUCAGCGUUGAUUUGUGCAAUGUUCAUGGUGUUGGACGCCCGGAACCUGCUACGCCAGCGGCCAGAGUUCCAGGCGGCACUGCCAACAGACGAGGUGUUCUAUGAAUAUCUCGGCUGCAUCGAGAACGGUCAAUCCUGCGGCGACCUGACGGGAGACCGAGGUGUUGGAACCUUCGGCGGCAGCGAGGACCACACGGCAAUCAUGGCCUCGCAGUUGGGCACGCUCAAGGUCUUUUCAUACAAGCCCACAAGGCUGGAGCGUUCGAUCAAGAUGCCUCCACAUCUUCUAUUUGUAGUUGCAUCCAGUGGACUUCUGGCAGAAAAGACUGGGGACAAAAUGGAAAGCUACAACGAUGCAGCGACACUGGCCCUGACCGCCGGGAGAAUUGUCGCCAAAGAUCAAGGCUGGGGCGAGGACGUAGAUCUUGCAACCUGCAUUCAGCGCUGUGGCGGUGGUCUCGAUGCAUGUGAUCACAUAACAAAGAUUCUUCGUUCACAGCCUGCAGGGCAUGCAUUGGAAGCUCGCUUCAAGCAAUUCUUCACAGAGAAUGAGGAGUGCGUGCCUGGGGUUGCGGAGGCCUUCUCAGCAGCAGAUGAGGCGAGUUUGGGAGCCAUAGUCGACAGAUCACAAAGCGCAGGAGAUGCUGGCUUGCAGAACCUCGUAGCCGAAACACGAUGGCUGCCGAAGGAGGCACGGCGGCUUGGAGCAAUCGCAGCCUCAGCCUUCGGCGCCGGGUUCGGUGGAAGCGUGUGGGCUUUGGUGCAUGCGACAGAAUCCAGCGAUUUCAUCCACAAGUGGCAGGAGGCAUACUUGAAGGAGUUCCCCAGCAGAGCUUCGACAUGCGAGUUCUUCACAACAGUCACCUUCUCGGCUCGCCUUCGCGUGCAGAGAUUGCAGCACACCAGGCUGUUCGUGAGCUUUUCCCAGGACCCGUACAAUUCGAAUUCGGCGCUGACAGAGGAGGUAGUUGCGCCAGUCAUCCACCAGAUGCAGCCCGCCAGCAUGGCGCCACUGUCGUGUCAGCAGGAGGUGUCGUCGCUUUGUCCCAAGGCAAGAUCUCAGAUCCACUGUCUUGGGCAGAACAGUGGAGUCAUCUCAGACAGCUGUCGACGGGAUGUGGGGAAGUCAGUCCCUUUUCGUUGUAGCAGUGCCAUUGACAAGUACUGCGAUAUUUUGAAGGCUGGAAUUUUGGAUUGCCUGCACAAGCACAUGGAUGACGUCGGCACAGACUGCAAAGAUGCGGUCCUAGCCACAAGCAAGGCCAUCACGGCUCUGAACACGGUCAAGGCAGCGGCAACACCGGCUCCUCAGGCUUUGCUUGCAAAGCAUCCUGACGGGCGAGCGUCAGACAGGGAGAAGACCCUGGAUUCUAAGCUGGCGAGCCUCACAACCAAGGGCCCGUCUGUGGUCUCAAUGAUAAAAGAGGCCGAAAGGCAGGCGGAGGAUCAGUUGGCCAAAGAUGCCGACAAAAUCGAGUCACUGCUUUCCCAGAUGUCCGAGAAGAUUGGACCCAAGCCGAGUGCCACACCCCGCCUCGGCCAUUCUCACAGCAGCUGGUGGACUAGCUACAGCGCGCUAUCGAUACUGCUGCUUCUGCUUCUGGCCUACUUCUUCACGCAGACCGAUGAGGGAAGAAAGGUCUGGCACCGAAUGAGGAUGGCCACGCGAGAUGGUCGACCACUUCUUGGAAAGAAGGACUUGGAGAUGCCUUUCCCGUACGACAACGAGGUUCAGCUUUGA